CUUUCCCAGCCCCCCGUGCCAUGGAAAAAAGGAAUUUCCCCCAUCCGACGCCUUCUCGAGAAAGGGCUGUCCAAAGGCGUAGUCGUGACAUCAUCGUCACGGGUGACGAAAUCGUUUUGCAAGCGCGCAAGCAGUUCAAACAAAUAACACAAAUGCGGAGGCAUUCUAGUAUGAAUGGGGGAAGGGAAUAUACUUUUUGGCGAAUCGAGAUGCUAAGAGGGGAAAUAAAAGACGUAAUUGAUGUUUGCUGGUGGAAUUAGCUCCUGCUUUGCCGAUUGAAUUGGGCGGAAUACAAAUAGCUGCUAGUUCUGCCUCUUCUCCCAUUUUUGAGAUCUGAGAUCUGAAGAUACUGCAUCUUAGCAACGAAUAAGGCAUUCAAAUAAUAAUCUCUCAUAAACACACUCGACUCAUCGUUUCAAGCCUCUCCUCAACAUUCUCUCCAUCUCAACAUGUCUCUCCAAUAUUUCCCCCCCGUCAAGCCCUCCGCCAUCGCCCUCGGCACCUUCUUCAACCACGGCGUCGACCUCGUCGUCCUCGCGCCCAUCUUCGGCCAGACCUACCACCGUGCCAAGGCGUCCAACACCAAAGAGGAGUUCAUCCGCUCGCGCGAGGCCAGCGGCGCGGCCCUCGCCUGGGGCACGUCCUUUGUGGGCUCGGCCCUGCAGAGUUACGGCGUGGGUGCGCUGCUCAAUGCCACGGGCACGCUGAGCCACAAGGGCGCGGCGUAUCUGGGCGCUCUGAUCUUUGCGGCGACGUCGGCUCCUGGCUUCAUUACUCAGGUCUUCAGUGAAAAGCGAUCUCUUGAUAUCGUCGGCGUCAAUGUUGCCGCCAAGUUGCUUGAGACUGUCGGCCUGGCUCUGGUUCUCAACUGGUGGGGAACCAGGACCAACCCCUUUGAGUAAACCAACAACGUCUAUUCAUGGUCUUUGCCCUGAUGCAAUUUUCGGGAGUUUGGAUUGGGAAUUACCGAUUAUUUUGUAGUAAAAAGCCAUCAUACUUGAUGGAUGAUUGUAUCAACAACUAUAUUAGUCCAAUUUGAGAGCUUUCUUUUUAAUACAACAUACCUC